GAAUCAUCUCAGACAAGGUUGAGUCCUUCGAGAAUCCUUCUUCCUCUUAUCACUUCUACGCACAACGCCAUCAGUUGUCUGACGAUCUUCUACCUUCCCCUCAGACACUCCCACAAUACAUCAAUCGCAAACAUGGCCGGUGGUGGUAUGCCAACUGGCGCUCCAGCCAUUUCAGGUGGAUACCUCACAGGAAAGAAGCUCAUCGUUCCACUCAGUCUGGUCAUCUCCCUGUUCUUCCUGUGGGGAUUUUCAUACGGUCUUCUCGAUGUUCUCAACAAGCACUUCCAGACUGUCCUCGGUGUGACCCGUCUCGAAUCCACUGGGCUUCAAGUCAUGUACUUUGGAGGCGGUUACCUCUGCUUUUCCCCCAUCGCCGCUGAAGUCUUGAAGCGCAAGGGCUACAAAGUCACUAUCCUUAUGGGUCUUGGGCUUUACUCGAUUGGUGCAAUAAUGUUCUGGCCGACAGCUCAUUUCUCGACCCCAGAGAACCAGAAAGCUGCUUUCGGUGGUUUCCUCGUCUGCACUUUUGUCAUUGCUUGCGGUCUUGCUACGCUGGAGACAAGCGCCAACUCCUAUGCUGUCGUCAUUGGGCACCCAGCGACUGCCAGUGCUCGUCUACAGUUCUGUCAAAGUUGGAAUGGCGUCGCAUCCUUUAUUGGACCAUUGAUUGCCUCGAAAGCUUUCUUUGCUGGCGAGAAUGCCAACUCCCUUACAAACGUACAAUAUGUCUACCUUGCUGUGGCGUGCGCGGGUGUGGCCGUCGCUGUGAUGUUCUUCUUCGCCAAACUCCCGGAAGUCUCAGAAACCUCUGCACAGACUGACACCAUUGCCGCGGGAUACUCUGGAGAACAAGGUCUCGAUCAAUACGGAAAUGUUCUCGUCCAGAAGCCUCUUCGAAAGGAAUACAACAUGAUGGCUGGAUUCGUCGCCCAGUUCUGCUACGUCGGUGCCCAAGUCACCAUCGCUACAUUCUUCAUCAACUACGCCACAGAAGCCGCACACUACACCUCUGAAGAAGGUGCCCGCCUCCUGUCUUACGGUCUCCUUACCUUCACCAUCGGCCGCUUCGUUGCUGCCGCUGCCGCCCUUCUCUUCGAGUCCAACUUCAUCAUCAUGGUCUACGGCGCCAUCAACAUCGCUCUCUGCGCAUACAUCUCCAACGCCCACGGCCACGCCGGUGUUGCAUGCAUCAUCGUCGUCUUCUUCUUCAUGGCCCCAAUGUAUCCUACCCUCUUCACUCUCGGCACUGCCAACCUAGGCCACAACACCCGCCGCGGUGCCGGUAUCCUUGUCAUGGGCGUCUCUGGUGGUGCUGUCUUCCCUCCUAUCCAGGGUGCCAUUGCCGAUGCCUCUAGCACCCGCAUCUCGUACCUCGUGCCCAUGGUUGGCUUCAUCGUUGUGGUCGCUUAUGGCGCAGUACACUGGGUUCAGCGUGGCUUCCAUGUUCUCCGCGUCAAGGGUGAUGAUGUGGUUGCGGAGACCCUUGACAACAAUGCAGUUGCCAGUGAUGAGAAGAGAGGAUCUAUUAUCGAAGUUGAGCAGGUUGGCGGAAAGAACUAA